UGUGCUGUAAUAAAUUAACUUGAAUAAAUUAAAAUCAACUGUUUAAUGUUGUGUGUAUGUCAAUUCAAAUAUCACGAUAGUGUUGUCCGCAUAAACAUCGUAUUUCCUCAUUCCGUUUUCGCACAAUCAUUCGCAACAAAUUAUUUACGUUUUGAAAACAAGUUUUAAUUGAUGUCGCCGCUGCAUUAAACAACUGGGGACAGAGUACAACCAACACGUCAAAAGCUCUCGCACCAAAGGGGCUGGGCCUUAUCUCUUAUCGCAUCCGACGAGUAUGUCGCUCACAAUCGAACAGUAAUUCCAUUGGCAAAGCAGACGGAGUCACACAAGCGUUUUACGCCGUUUAAUUAGUGUUUUUUGUGCAUAAAUAGUUACACAAUAUUAUUAUCAUAAAUAACUCUCGAAAUGGAUAACUCUGGUAAAUGUCUGUGCGACAAGUCCAAGUUGUCGGGCCCAUUCGUUGGUGCUAUUGACGAGGGCACCACGUCGGCGCGUUUCAUGAUCUUCCACGCCGGCACCGAUGAAAUUGUCUGCUUCCAUCAGAUCGAGAUACCGUCCAUUUUUCCCAAGGAAGGCUGGUGCGAACAGGAUCCUCAGCUCAUUGCCAGCACAGUCAACGAGUGCAUCGAAGGAGCCUGCCAAAAGCUUCUAACGCUUGGUGGAAAAGUUGAGGAAAUUGUUGCUAUUGGCAUUACCAAUCAACGGGAGUCCACGGUUGUCUGGGAUCGGAAUACGGGUGAACCUCUGACCAAUGCCAUCAUUUGGCUGGACAAUCGCACGACCAGCACAGUCGAGGAUUUGCUCAAGACGAUUCCAAACAAUGCCCGGAACAUUAACUAUUUGCGUCCACUGUGUGGAUUACCACUUUCUCCGUACUUUUCCGGCGUCAAGUUGCGCUGGCUGCGCGACAAUGUGGCCACGGUGAAGAAGGCCAUGGAUGAGGGCGAUGCCAGGUUUGGCACCAUCGAUACCUGGCUCAUGUAUAAUCUAACCGGCGGUGUCAAUGGCGGCGUCCACAAGACGGACGUCACGAAUGCUUCACGGACAAUGCUCAUGAAUAUUGAGACACUGCAAUGGGAUCCCAAUUUGCUCAAGUUCUUUGGCCUGCCGAACACCAUUCUUCCGGAGAUUUGCUCCAGCGCUGAGCACUAUGGCGUUAUUGCCGAUGGCGUCUUGAAGGGCAUCAGCAUUACGGCUGAUCUGGGAGACCAGCAGGCAGCGCUCGUGGGUCAACAGUGCCUGGCCAAGGGUCAGGCCAAGGCAACCUAUGGCACGGGUUGCUUCCUGCUCUACAAUACGGGUCCCUCGAUUGUGCACUCGCAGCACGGACUGCUUACCACAGUGGGUUACCAACUGGGACGCAGUGCGGCUCCCUAUUAUGCGCUGGAAGGUAGCGUGGCCAUUGCUGGUGCCGCCUUUAACUGGCUGCGGGAUAACCUGGGUCUCAUCCAAAAUACGGGUCAGAUUGAGUCAAUGGCCAGCACGGUGGAUAGCUCCUUGGAUGUGUACUUUGUGCCGGCCUUUAAUGGCUUGUAUGCUCCUUACUGGAAUCAGGAUGCCCGCGGCGUGAUCUGUGGACUGAGCGAGGAGACAACCAGUGAACACAUUGUACGCGCCACUCUGGAGGCUGUCUGCUUCCAGGUGCGCGACAUCCUCGACUCCAUGCACAAGGACUGCAAAAUCCCACUGGCCAAGCUAAUGGUCGAUGGCGGCAUGACUGUGAACAAUCUAUUCCUGCAGCUGCAGGCCGAUCUUGUGGGCAUCCAUGUGCUCCGCGCUAAAAUUGCCGAGACCACAGCACUGGGAGCAGCUAUGGCUGCCUACAAGACUGUGGCACCGGACUACAACAUGGAGGGACCACUCUCUAAGUCGGAGGUGCGUCACUCCAUCAAACCGAAGGUCAAGUCCACGGAGCGAAAUCUACGCUAUCAGAAAUGGAAAAUGGCCAUUGAGCGAUCCUUGAACUGGGAAACUUCCUCGCUGUCGCAGGGCGAACGCGAAUCCUUUGAUGGUGCUUAAGGAGGCUCCUAAGCCGACUUUAAGUCAAAAUCAUUUGUUAAAUAUUAUAGGGUCAGGUUGAUUAUUUAAAGUGGUGCAAUCGGGGAUCGUAACGAUUAGAAUUUUUAUUUAUAAAAUACUAAUUCAUUUUUUGAAUAAAUUAAAAUAGAUCUUUUAAAGUUCUAUAAUAAUUGCAUCAUAGUAAUAAACUUUCCAAAUUUUUCUGUAGAGAUGUUAAAUGAUAUGUAUAUAAAAAUUGAAAUUUAAUUU